AUGGAUGAUGAUGAUUUUGGUGGUUUUGAGGCUGCAGAGGUUUUUGAUGGGGGAAGCGGUGAAACCCAAACUACAUCUCCUGCUAUUCCUUGGGCUGCUUUUCCUACAGUGUCUGGAGUCCAUCUUUCUCCAGCUUCUCCUGCAACCGUACUGGACCAUGACCACUCUUCUCCCACCAUUGGCUGCCUCUCUUCUGAGCCCAUCAUUUCAUCACCAGAGAUUACACAUGCAGACACCACCAUAGUCAGUCAAACUCUUCCUAAGGCGCAGAUUCAGCAAUCAACACACACUGAUCUGGAUAUCUCACUUUUUCCAUUGGGUUUAACUGAUGAGAAAAGUAAUGGAACAAUUGCUCUUGUGGAUGAUUCUGAGGAUCCUUUAGCCAAUGUAUCAAACAUACAGCUUCAGCAGAAAAUUUCAAGUUUGGAAACUAAACUCAAAGUUUCUGAGGAAGAAAAACAGAGAAUUAAAAAGGAUGUGGAAUCAUUGAUAGAAAAGCACAGUGUCUUGGAAAAAGAUUUCCUUAAAGAAAGAGAGCAAGAGGCCAUUUCUUUUCAAGAUAGAUACAAAGAACUUCAGGAAAAACAUAAACAAGAAUUGGAAGAUAUGAGGAAAGCUGGUCAUGAAGCCCUCAGCAUUAUUGUGGAUGAAUAUAAGGCACUGCUACAGUCUUCAGUUAAGCAACAAGUAGAAGCGAUUGAAAAACAGUACAUUUCUGCAAUUGAGAAACAAGCACACAAGUGUGAGGAGUUGUUGAAUACUCAGCAUCAGAGGCUCCUUGAAAUGCUAGAUACAGAGAAGGAUCUGUUAAAAGAAAAAAUAAAGGAAGCUUUGGUACAGCAAUCUCAAGAACAGAAGGAAAUAUUGGAAAAAUGUUUGGAGGAAGAAAGGCAAAGAAAUAAAGACUCAUUAGUAUCUGCUGCAAAGCUUGAGAAAGAAGCAAUGAAGGAUGCAGUUUUAAAAGCCAUAGAAGAAGAAAGAAAAACUUUGGAAAAAGUCCAUGCUGAGGAAAGGGAAUUAUGGAAGACUGAGCAUGCAAAAGAUCAAGAAGAAGUAUCUCAGGCAAUUCAAAAAGCUAUACAAGAACAAAGAAAAAUUAGUCAGGAAACAGUUAAGGCUGCAAUAAUGGAGGAGCAAAAGCGCAGUGAAAAGGCUGUGGAAGAGGCAGUAAAAAGAUCACGAGAAGAAUUGAUCGAGUACAUCAAAGAACAGAAAAGGCUUGAUCAAGUCAUCCGCCAAAGAAGCCUGUCCAGUUUGGAACUGUUCCUCUCCUGUGCUCAGAAACAGCUAAGUGCUUUGAUAGCUACGGAACCAGUUGACAUUGAGUAA